UGUCACGUUUGUCACACAGCCUUACUCAAACAAAAACAGAAGCGCGCUCAUUUGGCUGCCUUCCCUGAACGGUGCGCGCCAACCGUGGGCAAGGCGGUGAGAUCUGCGGAGAGUGCAACUUCAUCAAGGUAUGAAAACGUUGCAGUGUGCCGGGCCCAGCAGCCUGCUGCAAUCGUGAUGUCAGACAGUGACGAUGACAUUACCAUUUUGGAAGAGAAACUAGUGAAAGAUUCAACUAAGAGAUGGAAGUGGAAAACCCCCAAUCCUGUCCUCAUGAGAGGGGACAGUGAACAAAUCCUCCAGAGUGUAAGGGUAAAGCUUAAUAUGCAAAAUAAGAUCAUCCCUGGGAACACUUAUGAUGGUUCCCCAGCUGCCUCUUUUGUUAUGGAUAAGAGACCUGAAGAUAUGCUCAUUGAAAACCAAAGGCCUGGAAAGCGGAAGAGGAGCAACACUGAUACAGACUCACAGAAAACCCCUACAAAAUCAAAUGAAUCAAAGACUGUUGUGCCGCUUACACCUGAGCAAAUUUUAGAGCUUACUGAGAACUGCCUGGACUCAGAUAAUGAACCAGAAUUAACUCCUGUGAAAGAAUCUCCUCAAACCCAACAAAGAGAAAACUCACAAGUGUCCAGUUCCAAAAGAGCAUUAAAUUUUGGUAUCCGAGCCUCCAGCAGUCUCAGAAACCGCUCAUCAAAGUUUUUUGGAGCUGGCACUUCCAGUACAGAUGUUGAUGAAAUAUUGAGCCAAGAAACUUCGGAAAGAGGAGAAGGUCGAUCUCCCUCAAGGACACCAUCACCUAGAAAGAAAAGGCUGCCCAAAAAUUCACCUAUUCGGUUAUUGCCCAGCCAUAGUCAUCGUAAGAGUCCUGCAAAACCUAACAUGAGAUCUUUAAGUCCAAGAAAAAGUCCCGGUCCUAACGGAACUCCAAAAAAGGACGAAGAUUUCAGUGUAGAAGAUCAUUUAAUGAUACCAGAAGGGCCGUAUUAUUAUGAAGCAUUUUGCUUCAUGAUAAAGAAAGUUUGUGAAAAUUCAGAAUAUACCCACUUAUUCCUUGAUUCGGAACACAAAAAACUUAAAGAAGUCUAUCACUCAAGAGAAGAGUUCCAAUUAUAUGUAAGACUAAUGAAUAGGAAAGACAAAUGGAAUAGAUGCUCAGAUAUUAAAUACAAUGAUAUAUCUGCCAAUCUCACUCCACAUUUUGAUUAUUUGGAAUCUCAAGGAUUCAUAUCUUGCGAUCUGAAAGAUGAGAAAAUAGAGGAUAUACUUUCUCUUUUAAAGCUAGAAGAGCUUAAAACUGUUUGCUCUACUUUCAAAGUUAAAAAGGAAAAGUUAAAGAGUAAAACAAUCAGUGCAUUGGUGGCAAUGCAGAAAAGCCAACCUACUAUACUAGGCAUGCCAAGUCCUUUAUUGAAGAGUGUGGUUGCUGUGUUAGGGAGAUGUGUAAAGCUGAACAUGGAGUGGCGCAGAGUGUUUCGUCGGUGCAUUCUUCUAUUUUCCCUAUUUCACUCACAUGAAGAUUUAGAUAAAUUAUGUUCUGAGCAAGCUCUACUAUUGUUGCAAGUGAAACUUGGAAAUAUGGUGUUACCCCUGGCUGAUAAAAGUAAUUUACCCAGUCAUAAAGUGUUUGAAACCAGGGAUCAGUUGAUCAGGUUUGAAGAAGCUAAAGAACUUAAACAAAGUUUAAGCUAUGCCAUGGAAGUAAAGAACUUUGACGAAGUCCAGGAGUUAGUAAGAAAAAUUAUGAACCAGUUUGCUGCACUAAGGAAACUAACAUCUGAAACACAAUACAUUCUUCAGCUGCCCAAAUUUUUACAUCGAUUUUGUGCGGGCACAGUGUAUGCUGUUGCCCUUACUCAAUCAAUUGAAGCAUUGAAGCAGGCUCGACAGUACCAAAUGGCUAUAGAUGUACUUGACCUGCUGAAUGAUCAAACAACUUACUGUCCUGAUUACAAAGGAAAGUGGAUGUUAAAUAAGGCUACAAUCUUUCAUGUCAAUCUUAAAGAACUAGUUAAAGCUUCAAAUGUAUUAUAUGCUGCUUUAAGACGCAAAUCAUUGUUUAACUCUGUUGAUCGAAUGCAUUUACAUGAAAGAGCUGAGAAGAUUAUUAAACUUAAAAAAAAUGGCUUAUCGAAUGAACAGAAACAACGUCUUCAGAAUGAAAUGGAUCCUCCUCACCAAGCACCAGAAGCAGUAGAAAUCAGUGCAAGAGCUUAUAUAAGUUCUAAACCAGGUUUAAAAAAAGUGUACAUUAGGGAUACUGAGGAUGGAAAGGAAUUCAUGUCUGUUGAAGAAACAGUCAUUGCACAUUACAAAUCGUUAGGAUUUUUGUAUGGAAUUCAUGAUGAGGGAAGUACCAUCUCCUCUUUGUGUAUGUUGUCUCUCUGGCAUCAUAUUUAUGAUACAACAAUACCGGGUGUUUUCCAAAGCCCUUUCCAAGAAAAACCACUAGAUUGGGGCAAAAAAAUAUUUUAUGAACUACGGAAGGAUGCCAUUGAGACCCGCCUUGCUAACAUUUUGGCGCAAGAUGUUCCAACUAUUGCAAAAGAACUAAGUAACAUUCGAGAAGAGAAUUGUCUUAAAAGCAGUGUUAUUAAUUGGGAUCGACUUGAGCGCUUAGAUAUUCAGAAAUUUUUGGAGUGUGUGUCUAUUCCAACCUUUGUUGCCAUCACACGAAGACUUAUUGAAGAUUUUAAAUGUAAUAGAAGUGGUUUUCCAGAUCUUGUAAUUUGGAGCCCUCCUCAAAAGCAGUGUUUGUUUGUUGAGGUGAAAAGUCCGAAUGAUGUGCUGUCUACAGUUCAGUGUCUUUGGCUUGACUUUCUAAAGAAUUGUAAUGCAAAAGCAGUUGUUGCUCACAUUCGUGAAUCGGGCUCAAAGACUACAGCUCAGAAGAAGUGAAGUGAACUGUACUCAUUGCAUAUAAGACUUGAUUUGUUCAUGCACUCAAUUUCAACAAUAUUCAAUUCCUGUUGUUGUCAAUGUUGUGUAGUCUUCGAUCAAUGUUACCUGUUUUGUAAAUCAUAUAUUUCUCCUGUUUUAGAAAUAUUUUUAAAAUUAUUAAAAGAUCAUGUUCUCUUAAA